UGUCACAGGUACAUUAUCAUUUGGACUUUGAACUCAUUGGAAACAGUCUAUUGUCAAUAGGUUUUAACUGUCCUUUCUAUGCAAAUCUACUGUCUCAUAAAUCAUGUCGAAUUCAACAACAGAUAUUUUCCAGGCUGAAGACAAUAAAAGGUUGCAAAUAACAUUACGUCGUUUGGAAAAUUUAAACAAAGAACACCAGAAGACUCUAGAAUUGAACAAGGAGCUGAUUAAAAAAAUAGUUGAAAAAUCAUCAGCGCUUUCUAAAGUCAAGAGUAAAAAUAUCAAGCUGACGAGGAAAGCAUUAGACCUAAUGAAUUCACUGAGCCUGAAAACAUCUGAGAACAAUAAGCUAAAGCAGUUAAUUUGGGCAAUGUACGCAAAUAUGGACAAAGUUCGUCUCACCUUAGUUGGAAACAUUUCUACUGUACUACAGAAGACCAGACUGUAUUUAACAGAACACAAGAAUUGCUUAGAAGAGUUUGAUAAAGCAAAAACACCUGAAGGUCAGAUGAUCAAGAGCCCUUUAGUUAGUAUUAAACCUUUUAGGUAUAAUCAUGCAAAACUUUCUGCAAGAAAGAAAUAUGAGAGAGAAGUUAAAAUACAUCGUGAAACAUCAGAUAUACUCAGUCCCAUUUCUGAAUUUACAACACCCAAAAUAAUCCAUUCUGGAAGUAGUCAAGGAAGAAAAGUGUUCUGCAUUGAAAGCCAAAAGAAUAAAAGAAAUAAAAGGAAUCAAUUAUCAUCACCUAAAAGCAAAAGUAACAAUAGCAGCAAUCCAUCAAAUGACAGAAUGCCAAACAAGAAGAGAAUACACUCAGAAAAGUCAAAUUCUUCUAAAAAAAGGACUGUUUCUGCCAAAUUGUCCUUCCCCAGCGAACCGAACGCUGGGAAAAACAUUGUAAAAAAAGUCGAAAAAGCGACAAAGAGGCAAAGUGAACGAAUCAGGAGGAAAAAGAAGCAAGCUGGAUCUACAAAAGCGUUCCAAUCGAAUAAAAGGAUAAGUAACUCUUAUUUUUCAGACAAAGAAAAAGAAGACAAAGCGGGUGGCUCUAUAAGAAGGUCAGAGAGGAUAAAAAUGAAAUUUAUAAAAACAAACAUGUCAAUACAAUAAUUUUAUGAUUU